AUGAUUGUAGAUUUGGCUACGAGAGAGGCAGCCCAACUCAGAGAAAAAGCUGCUCGGGAUGCUGAGGAAGCAACUAUUAGAGAUGUAGAAAUUGGAUAUGAAGCAGAGAGGGUGGAGAUGGGCUCAGAAUCAGCCCUUGGAUCUAGACCAGUUCGAAAACUUGGCUCCCAGGUACAACUUGAUGCCAUGGCAAAAGUACUAAGGAAGCUGACCUUAGCUUCUAUACAUAAUGAGCCUCAUGCAGCAUGUGAUAUAUGUGGAAGGAGAUACCCUACUCAUGAGUGUCAAGCUACCAUGGAGGAAGUGAAUGCUGUGGAUAAUUAUAACAUCAAUGCAAUAGGUCAAAAGCACCCCAGUUUUUUAUGGAGUUCACAUGGGGGUAUUGCAAAUGCUUGGCAACAAAACAACCCCAGAUUUUAUGGACAAGGAGCUCCAGGCUUCAAAAAUAAGUUGAUGCACCAAUUUCAGCCUCAACGGCAAAAUCAGCCUGGUUUAGAAGAUCUAAUGAAAGCUUUCAUUGUAAACACAGAUGAGAGGCUAGACGCUCACGUGGCAGCAAUUCAAAAUGUAGAGAAGCAAGUGGGACAAAUAGCAACAAUCUUAUCUGAGAGAAUCCCAAGUACUCUGCCUGCUGAUACUGAGAGAAAUCCCAAAGAAAUGGUAAAUGUUGUGACCUUGAGAAGCGGGCAAGUCUUUAAAGAACCCACUCCAAUCCAAAAAGAGGUGCUAUCUGAAAAAGAAAGUAGGGAGCAGUUGAAAAUUGAAGAUGAUGAGAAGACUGAGAAAAAGAAAAGCAAGAAGGAAGCUGACAAAAAGAAGAAAGAGGAAACUUCAAGAAGGGAGGAAUCUGAUGAUGUGAGCAAGCACAUGCUUGCUCUACCUUUUCCCCAAAAGCUCUAUAGAGAAAAGCUUGACAAGCAGUUUGAGAAAUAUCUUGACAUGCUGAGACAAGUUAAUGUAAACCUGCCAUUCACUGAUGUUGUCUCACAAAUGCCAGCUUAUGCAAAGUUCAUGAAGGAGAUCCUUACAAAGAAGAGAAAGAUAGAAGAGACCAAGGCGGUCAAGCUCACAGAGCAUUGUAGUGCAAUCUUGCAAAACAAACUCCCACAAAAGUGUGGAGACCCAGGGAGUUUUACUAUACCUUGCUCUUUAGGCACUCUUAAUUUUGACAAGUCUUUAUGUGAUUCUGGUGCCUCAAUUAACUUAAUGCCAUUGUCCAUUUAUAGGAAACUGGAGAAGGAGAUUGGAGAGAUAAGGUCGGUGCCAAUAUCUUUGCAACUGGCUGACCAAACAACUGUAACACCCGAGGGGAUAGUAGAAGAUGUUUUGCUGCGGGUGGAUAAGUUCGUAUUUCCUCUAGAUUUCAUAGUGGUGAAUAUGGAGGAGAACAAGGAGUCCUCCCUCUUCAUAGGAAGACCAUUUUAA